AUGACCGAACAUGCUGCUGGCGACAACGUGCCAGGACAGGAAUCGCAGGACACCACGCCGUUGAACCAGUCGACCGAACACCACCAACAACCGCACACAUCAACCUCCACUACCAGUCCCACCAUACCCACCACGGAAUCUCCCAUCCCCGACAUCCCAGCUGCCUUCCCUAAGAAACGCCGCGGCCGUCCCCCUGGUCGCCCAAAUGCUACUGUCCGUGAUGCAGACUACGAAGAUAACGCAUUGGUACAGGCAUGGAACGCAGCCAAAGCAGACCGUGCCUCGCCAGCAGUCUCGAUUUUCAUCCGGGAUGCUCUGACAGAGCAGUCCCUCGUCCACGACACUCAGCGCAACAUCUUCCGCAUGCCCAGCCGCGAGACCAUCCUUUUCGUGCAAGGCUGGAUCACCGCCAAGCACAUCGCCUCCCAGAGACCAAGUUACGUCAACGGAUUGUUGAUUCACUCGCGAGGUCAAGACGCUGCCGUAGCAUGCGCCCAGUGCGCCGAGAAACGUUCCAAAUAUGCCCUGGGCCCCUUCCUGAGCUGCCGCGUGCUUCCGGGGAGUUACCACAACAGCUGUUCGAAUUGCAAGUGGUUCGACAACACCUCGAGCUGCUCCCUUUAUACCGGCCCGAAACCGAAUCGAAAACGCAAAGCCAAGGAACAGCUUCCGCCGCCGCCAACAACCGGUGUCGGCCCGGCUUCAGACGGCGAUAGGCCUAAUGGCAAUUCUUACGGUACCUCGUCUACAGCGGGAGAUCAAGGAAGUGCUCCGCUCGAACCAAAGUCACAUCCCCAGGCUCAACUCCAACCCGAGGCGGAUAUGGCCACCCCAUCCACUCAACCACAACCCCACGCCGGAAUGAGCGGCUCCGAGCUACUGGAAACGCCCAGUCAGCCGGACUCUUUGACCGACUCCCACUACGCCCUGCGAAAACCUGGCCAGGACGAAGACGCCGAGUCAGCGGACGACGGCGAUGCAGAUUGGCAGCUCAACUACUGCCAGAGCUCCAACGCUCGGAUCCCUAGAUGGGAGAAGGCGGUCAACGCCAGUCGCGCUCAGGCCAAUAUCCCGCCUUCGGCGAUAUCAUGA